AUGACUUCGAAAGCCCCCAGGGUCUGGUUUAUUAUAGGGUCGUCCACUGGGUUCGGUCGCCUGAUGACCCAAUGCGUCCUCAGGAAUGGAGACAAAGUGGCCGCGAUGUUGAGGAAUCCCGCAAUGCUUGCGGAUCUCGCAAAACAAUUCGGUACCGACCAGCUGCUCGUCCUGAAGCUCGACGUCACCAACCACCAACAGAUCCUCGACACCUUUGCCGAGGCGGGAAAGCACUUCGGCCGCAUCGACGUCGUAUUCAACAACGCCGGCUAUGCCCUGUUGGCAGAUGUCGAAGGUGCAACCGAGGAGGCCGCUCGCGCAGUGUUCGAGGUCAACUUUUGGGGAGCAGUGAAUGUCAGCAAGGAGGCAGUUAGGUGGUUCCGGGAGCAGAAUAAGCCGUCUGGCGGAAGACUGCUCCAGACCUCUUCCAUGUUGGGAUUCACCCCUGAUGCUAAUCUUCCAUUCUACGUCGCAUCAAAGUUCGCCCUGGAAGGGUUGAGUGAGUCAUUUGCCUCGAGCCUUGAUGGAACAUCAAGGUACUGCAUAUUUAUUCAACGCUUAAUCAGUUUGAUUGAGCCUAGAGAAUUCCGCACAAAUGCUCUGAGCAGCAACAUGGAUCGCAGCCAAGUGCAUCCCGCUUAUGCGCACCUACCCGUUGCCGCAUCUCACAAGUACCUCGAGGGCAACCCUCUUGCUCGCGGGGACACUGCGAAAGCCGUGGAGGUAAUUUAUGCGGUUGCCGGACUGCCCGACCCUCCGCUUCGCUUCCCUCUCGGAAGGGGUUGCAUUGAGUCGUUCAGGAAUCAGAUAACAAAGCUCAACGCAAAUAUAGAUCAGUACGAAUCGUGGUCGGAUGGACUAGAUGCGGAAUAG